AUUAUUACUCGUUGACUAUUUUCUACAAACCACAAGGAUAUUGGAACGCUGUAUUUUAUUUUAGGGGCUUGAGCUAGGGCGAUCGGGACUUCUCUUAGUGCUAUUAUUCGAUCAGAGCUCAGAAGACCGGGUAAUUUAAUCGGGGAUGAUCAGAUUUAUAAUGUAGUAGUAACCGCUCAUGCCUUUGUUAUAAUUUUUUUUAUAGUUAUACCCAUUAUAAUCGGAGGGUUUGGGAACUGACUAGUGCCUAUUAUGUUAGGAAGCCCAGAUAUAGCUUUUCCUCGAAUGAAUAAUAUGAGAUUUUGAUUGUUGCCUCCUUCUUUAAUUUUAUUGCUAAUGAGAGGUUUAGUAGAAAGUGGAGUGGGGACUGGAUGAACUGUCUACCCUCCAUUGGCAGGUAACACUGCCCAUAGGGGUAGGUCCGUGGAUAUGGCUAUUUUUUCUUUGCAUUUAGCUGGGGCCUCUUCUAUCUUAGGGGCAAUUAAUUUUAUCUCUACAGUACUAAAUAUGCGGACUCCAGGGAUAAGAAUGGAGCGAGUGCCGCUAUUUGUUUGAUCUGUGCUUAUCACUGCGAUUCUUUUGUUACUGUCCUUGCCUGUCUUGGCCGGGGCUAUUACGAUAUUAUUAACUGAUCGUAAUCUUAACACUUCUUUUUUUGACCCGAGGGGAGGAGGAGACCCUAUUUUAUACCAGCAUUUAUUUUGAUUCUUCGGGCAUCCGGAGGUCUAUAUUUUGAUUUUACCUGGAUUUGGGCUAAUCUCUCAUAUUGUGAGAGAGGAGUCUGGUAAAAAGGAGACCUUUGGAGCACUAGGGAUAAUCUAUGCUAUAUUAGCUAUUGGAGUACUGGGGUUCAUUGUGUGAGCCCAUCACAUGUUUACUGUCGGAAUGGACGUAGACACUCGGGCGUACUUUACUUCAGCUACAAUGAUUAUUGCAGUGCCGACUGGAAUUAAAGUAUUUAGAUGACUUGGAACUUUGCAAGGAGGGUCUCUAAAGUUCUCUUUGUCUAUAGUUUGGGCCUUAGGGUUUAUUUUUCUAUUUACAGUUGGCGGUCUCACUGGAGUCAUAUUGGCGAAUUCUUCGAUCGACGUGGUGCUUCAUGAUACUUAUUAUGUAGUGGCACAUUUUCAUUACGUGCUAUCUAUAGGAGCAGUAUUCGGGAUUUUCGCUGGGUUUGUGCAUUGGUACCCUUUGUUUACAGGUCUUACUUUAAAUUCUCAGUUAGGGAAAGUACAUUUCUAUGUAAUAUUCUUAGGAGUUAAUUUGACUUUUUUCCCUCAGCAUUUCUUAGGGUUAAACGGCAUACCUCGUCGGUAUUCUGAUUAUCCGGACUCUUAUUCUAGCUGAAAUAUGGUAUCCUCUUUGGGGUCGUAUUUAUCUGUUGUUGCAGUAGUUUUAUUCAUUAUUAUGAUUUUAGAGAGAUUCGUGAUAAAACGACACAGUAUAUUUAGGGCCAGUUUCAGAGGCUCUCUGGAGUGAGGCCACCCUUAUCCUCCUGCCGAUCAUAGCUACAGGGACAUACCUAUUCUAAAUAAUU